GAAAUCCGAGACUGAGAGUUGACUGAUUUUUGUGUCUGUUAAACAUUUUUACAGUGAUAAACAUUUUAUUGUUGUGUUUUAGUACACUCAAUAAAUAUUAACCGAAAGGAAAUUUUGAUUUGAAUUAGACAGGUUUAUACUUCAAUUUAAUGGUGAAUGCUCAAGGUUUGUUGGUACACAGUUUGUGCGUUUACGGUAUUGUCUCAAAAGCCGUGCGGGAUACUUUGAAGAUCGUACUUGCUAUUUGCAUUGUUUACGCAAAAGACGCCAUGGCUGCUAUACCACAAGGAGCAUUUGCUGCGUGCAAAAUUCGCGAGAAUAGAGAAUGUCUCGAGUUAACUCCAGUGAAGUAUAACAGUAAACUGAUGAAUAGCAUUUGGGGAAUGUACAAUCGUUAUUCUCCUUAUAACUUCAAGAAAAGUAAUGACACUGCAAUUGCACCUUUUGUUGCAGGUGACCAGAAAUUUUCUUCUGGUUUGCCUGCAAAUGCUAUGGACAAGAAGUCCGUAGCACCAAAGGGAGGACUCUCCCAACCAAAUGGCCCUACCUGGGACAUAGGCCUUCCCCAUACAUGUACUUACUAGAUAUUAAUCACAUAUAUAUCACUAGUAUGCAUUAUUAAAUGAUAUAUCUAUCAAACAAUUAUUUACUCCAA